CUGGAGGAGAAAUGACAGCUGGAGCUAUUGAGCUACGGUGUUACAGUGCGCAUGUGCCAAAUGGGAGCAUCGGCGUCGUUUCUGGGUCCGGCGGCUCGCCGUAGAUUUGGCGGGCGCUGCAAAACGUAAACAGAGGCAGCUGAAAAAUGGAGGAAAGCAAGUCAGCAACACAAGUAGACAGUGCAGGUAAAACUGGUGCGAAAGAUUCAGCUGAAAGUCAAGCUAAUGAAGCGACAGGAGACGCUUCCUCACAGAUGCCGAAUAAACCGACAACGGAGGCGGAGGCUCGGUACAAGAGGAUGAAGCUUUUUGACAAAGUCAUGCAGAAGAGUCUGAACAAGUUUAUCGAAGAUGUCAGUUUUAACAGAUUCGCCAGCAUGUUUCGUCCACUGUACAGUAAGAACCCUCAGAGGAUGGAGAGCAUUCACAAGCAGUUCAUAGAGGAGCUGCGGGGCACCAUACAGGAAGAUAUCAACAGACUGAUUGAAGAAGGCCAGCUAGAGUUAAAACUGAAUGAGCUGGACAAACUAGAGAGAGCCACCAAGGACAGUCCAGACCCUGCAUGGCGACCAAGCGGGGUCCCUGAGCAGGACUUUUGCAGCUUUUUGAUGCCUUACUAUCAAAAGCAGGAGGCCUACAUGCGACGGGAGCUGAAAAAGAUUCAAGCAGAGAAUGCUGCUCUAGCACAGAAGGUUCAGGGUGGAAGAGAGAGUAUCAGUCAGACUGAACACCGAAUUUCUGCUGCUGUUGAUGAGUGGAAGGCAUCAGUGACAGAGUUUGAAAGGCUGGCGUCAUCUCUUUGCCCCGCUGAUGUUUUUGAUGUGUGAUCUUCAAAAUUACACAAUAUGUCCACUAACUUAAUUGUACAUAAUGAGUUUGUUUACUGUGCCUGUUUGUUUGAAAAUAAACACGACGUUUUGGAAA